AGGAAUAGAAUAAAAGAUGGCAGAGAAAAAGUUACUCCUCAGGAGUUGCUGUUUUGGAUGUUCACUGCGAAUCGGAUCGCUUAUUGUCGCCAUCCUCAGUCUGAUACUCGGUUUCAUCGGCCUAGGACUAAGCAUCUUCGCUGGACUGAACGGUUCGGCGGGAGGAUGGCUGAACGUUGCUAUUAACGUUUUCAACAUCGUCCUCUCAGCACUUCUCAUCCAUGGCAUUAAAACAGAGCAACAUCGCUUCGUCCUCGCCUGGGUAUGGACGACGAUGGUCACUGUCAUCCUGACGGUCUUCCUGGGCGUCUUCGUCAUCCUCCUGUCCUCAUCGGUCACGGAGGGCGUCAUCCUCUUUGCGUUCGCCCUAAUCCAGACUUAUUUCAUCCUCGUCGUUAGGUCCUACUCAGCCACGCUGGAGAGUCUGGAGCUCCCAGUGUCGCAUUAGGAACUGCAGAUGAGAUCAUCAUAAUCACCAUUAUCCGUAUGAAUAUCAUCAUCUUCGUUAUUUAUUUUAUCUAGAUUCUCUUUUCGUCCUCAUUCGGUCCACCUGAUGGGCCUCAUUUAUCUGUCAGUUACAUUUCAUGUAGGUUUCCAGAAUAAAUUGUUUUCCAUUAUAACUUUUUUUUAAUGGAUAUAUCUUUAGUGUUUAUUGUUUUACCAAAUGUCUUCGAGUUUUCACAUGUAUAGUUUUUUUGUUUGAAGUCCAUUUCCAGUUUAUUGGAUAAGUUCAUGCUAAGAUGCAAUACAUUACUCUCCUAAAAACUAUUCUCCUUGUACGUUGAUAAUGUAUUUGCAUUUGUAUCUGUUGAUGUAUUGGUUUGUUCGUUUCUCUGUGUUUUCUAAUUGCUGAUCUCUUCAUAAUAAUAGUUUGGAUUCUUGUGCACGAAGCUGCAGCUUGUGGUUGAAAGUUUGCUUCAUCAAGCCAUAUAGUUGCAGCUGCACACUCCUAUGUGUCCUUAGAAUUAUCAUAUCGUUUCCUAUUCGUUCUCUUUGCUUGUUUGUGUGGUAUUUCUACGUUGCAUGGAACCAGUGGUUAUUCAGCAACGGGACCAACAGCUUUACGUGACUUCCGAACCACGUCGAGAGUGAACCUUUAUCACCAGAAGUACACAUCUCUAACGCCUCAAUACAAUGCCCGAGAAUCGAACUCGCGGCCACCGAGGUAGCAGGCCAAGACCAUACCGAUCACGCCAAUGAGGCGCUCAGCGCUGCAGAGUGCUCGUAGUCAUCUUCGCUGUUGCCAGAUCUGUUCUCUAUGGUGUUUUCUUUUCCUUCAUCUCCUAGAUUCCUAGAACAUUAGCCUUCGAAAGAUUUGUAGCCUUUUUAUUUUUUCCCUUUAUUGUAAGUUGUGAUAUUUAUUUCUUCAAGUUUUUCUUUCUCAUUUUUGCAUCUUGUAACGUUGGUCUGUCUGAUAAUUAUAAUCAAUUAAGUUUCGAUCUCGUCUGCUUUCUAUACUCCAUAAGAAUUUCACGAGUCCCUGACAUAAUAUUUUUCUCUUUUUUACAUUACUCUUUGCUUUUAGGUUCAACUGGUAUCAGAAAUGAAGCAUUUUCGUUUCUUUCAGUUUGACUCAGCCUGUAGUUUUAUUUAUCCCUUCUGUAUUUGGAACCAGAUCACCCAAUUUAUCUACUUGGUGACUUCACCUAAGUGAAAUUCUCCGCGUUUAUCUAGAUGUAUUUUCUUCAUCAUUUUCUCGAGAGACAUUCCACAUCAUCUCCAAACUGUUCGGCUGUGACAGGCAUUUAUGUCACCUGCUUUUUAUUUUAUAAUCCAUGGCAGCUAAUGAUGCUUUCCUUCCCGUUGUUGCCAUAUUUUCGAGUCAAUGUACAGGGAAUAUUUUCACCAUGCCAUCACUGUAUGUGGCGCUGCUGGAUGUAGACUUCACAUACAGUACGAAGUCGACCUUUUAAUUGCCACAAACGCUACGAUGAGCUUGUUUUUUGUCUGCUCAUCAUCAUAGUACUAUGACUAAUCAUUUUCACCGUAUCGUCUCUUCAUUAUUAUAGCCUUUCUGGUCCUUUUUUUCCUGUUUAUACACGUUUUUAAGUGUCCCUAUUAAACCCCCACCCAAGACUUUUUCAUGGUAUCUGACCCAGAAAAAUAAUUUAAUAUUUUC